AUGGCUUAUACAAAAACUAUAUCGCGCGCAUCCGGCGCAUUGCUUUUGGCGCUUCUACCCGCCGUAAUUGCGCAUGGUGGUGGUGCUGAAAGCAUGGACAUGGGCCAUGAUGGCAACGCAACGACACAACCCCCCAACGGCGAGGACUAUCCCGAUACAUACUUUGCGCAUACUGAACACACUGGAGUCAUAUACACACAUAUUGCAUUAAUGGUUCUUUCUUGGGUAUUUAUUCUACCAAUUGCCGUCAUGUUCUCACUGGCAAACUCUCGCUUUACACUACCGGCGCAAUUUAUUUUCCUAGCUACAAAUGCUCUUGGAGUCCUCGCCGGCGUGAUAUAUAACGCGCAGACCCCAGACUUGUAUCCAAACAAUGCGCACCACAAGAUUGGCUGGAUUGUUACCUCGGUCGUUUGCGCCCAGGUCCUUGUAAGCGCCGUUGGCUGUAUCGCGGGAGCUUUAAGGGGCAAGGGAAAGGCGUUGAGUAAUGAGAGACAUGCUUUUCUGCCUGUCGCGACGCGAGAGGCCGACUACUCUUCGCACCAUGGCUACCACAAUGACAGCCCCUACCGAAUGUCCAGCGACAGUGGACGAGGAACCGAAUCGAACACGCCCUCGCUUCGAAGCGACUCGGCAUCCACUCUCAAUGGCAUGGAGUCGCCUGUCAACAACCCCAGGAAGGAGUACGAGGACGAUGAUGUUGACCUGGAGGAAUUGUCACUAGCCUCUCCUGAACCUCAGGGAACCUUUGCUCGCCACGCCUCCAAGAUCGCUGCUUCGCGAGUAUGGAAGUAUUUGAAUCUCGGCCGUUGCAUAGUCGAUCGCAUUAUCCUUCCUUCCGGCUUCAUCGCGCUUGCGACUGGUGUUGCCACCUUUGGUCGUUUCUUUGAGGGAGGCGGAAUCUUCAAUGGAUUGGCGCAUUGGAUCAAGGGCGGUGUUUUCUUCUGGUUAGGUAUCUUCACCCUCGGCCGCUGGACUGGCAGCUUUGGAGAGCUUGGCUGGGCAUGGAAUGUCCCACCAAAGAAGGACUCCCAGAAGUGGCGUCCUUCUGCUGAGUUUGUCGAGAGCUCCUUGAUCUUCUUCUAUGGUGCUACCAAUAUCUUCAUGGAGCACCUCGGCGGUUGGGGAGGAGACUGGACCGCCCAGGACAUGGAGCACAUCUCCAUCACAGUUCUGUUCAUUGGAGGAGGCUUGUGCGGUAUGCUCAUCGAGUCGACACGUAUUCGCCAUCUCCUCAACACAACUGUGGACGAAGCUCAACCCAAGAGCCCUUACACGGUUGAAGAAGAAAACGAACCUGAAGCUCCCGACACAUAUGAGUUCUCGCUCAACCCCAUACCAGCUUUGGUCAUCCUGCUGCUUGGACUCAUGAUGAGCUCCCACACACAGCAUACCAUGAUGUCUAGCAUGGUUCAUAAGCAAUGGGGUGACCUCCUUCUAGGGGCUUCCCUUGCUCGAGGUUUGACCUACCUCAUCAUGUAUCUGAAGCCACCCAAGUCCAUUCUCCCAUCACGACCCCCCACGGAACUCUUAGCUGCUUUCGGAUUGACCGCUGGAGGUAUCAUCUUUAUGGCUAGUAGCACUGAUACUGUCGACGGAAUGAUCCACUACCAUCUUGACGCCAUGUUCAUGUACACUGUCACCAUGGGUGUGGUCGCCCUCCUGAUGGCUUGGGUCGUUAUCGUCCUCGCGAUCAAGGGGUGGGCUGUCCGACUCGAACGACUCCGUAAUUCGAAUUAG